AUGUCUACAGAAACAAUACCUCAUCAAUUGGAUAAAUUUAGUGAAACAUCUGCCGUAGUUGGAAUAGGCAAAACACGUGAAGAAUACUUGAAGUUAUUUUCACGAGCAUGUAUUUCACCAGAAAAUGAUCGACCAUAUACAAAUCCAAUGUCAGGAUUUUAUGAUGCAAUAAAUACAAGUACAAGUUUAAUUUUACUUAACCAACGUUUUAAAUAUUCACAUUUACGUGAACAAACUUUAUUUGAAGAACUAUCCAAUUCAGCUGGAAACGAAUUCGAUUACGAAAGUAUAAUUGAAGGUCAAACCAAAUAUUGGCAUGAUCGUCGAUGUACAAGUUCAUGUUUAAUGAAUCAUUCAACAGAUACUUCUCAUACUGAAGCGAAUCUGAUGACACAACCUCGUAAAUCACAUAUGAAACCAAGACGAUCUGUAUCUGUUAAUUGUCGUUCACCAUCUGGUAUAUUCAGACAAGAUAAAUGUCAUCAAGAACUUCAACCUGAUUCAUCUUUUGCUGAAUCUGUUUAUCAAUAUUAUCAUGAUGCAGUAGAAAACUCGAAACAAUCAGAAUUUAAUUUACAACAAUGUCAAAUAAAAGAAUCAAUUAAUCAACCUUUAAAAUCAACUGGAAUUCGUCGUAAAUUACCAUUAACAAAAGGUCAACAAUUAUCUUUAUUAGAAAAAUAUCAUAUUUAUGAUAUAAAAGAUACUAAAGUACGGCGAAGCCAUUCUUAUUCUCAAACUUUAAGUGAUCGUUUGAAAGCAGAUUUCAAUUGCAAACCGCAAUUUCGUUUAAAUGAUAUGCGUGAUUAUAGUAAAUAUGCAAAAUUUCUUCAAGUACCUCGUUCGUUAACUCCAAGUUCUUUUUGUAUUCAAUCAAACGAUAAUACAAAACAAUUGACAAAUAAUAAUCUUCAGAAACCAUUUACUAUGAAUAAUAAUACAAUUUCUCUUCCUAUUCUUCGUCAUCAAGAACCACAACAAAUUUCAACACUACCUAUUCACAGUUAA